AUGGUUUUAGAAGAAACGAGUUCUAAUUUUACGUCAAAUAUGCGCGAAUCUAAAAAGAAAUUAAACACAAAACGAUCGAAUUACGAUAAAUUGGUGUUUAAAAAUAGUAAAUUAGAACAAAAAACUUUUGAUUUAGAAGAGAAGUUAUUAGUAGAAAAAAAUCAUUUAGCUGAGGCGAUUUCUCGAAAUAAAUUAAUUGAGGAGAAAUUGAAAAAACUUAAAGAGGAAAAUUGCGAACUUGAGGAACGAUUAAUGUCGGGUUAUGAUCAAGUAUUAUUUAAAAAUGGGGAGUUAGAACAAAAAACUUUUGAUUUAGAGCAUAAACUGUUGGUGGAAAAAAAUCUUUUAGCGGAGGCGGUUUCUCAAAAUAAAUUAAUUGAAGAUAAACUGCGAAAAGUUAACGAAGAAAAUCUUCGAGUUGAAGAACAAUUAAGGUUAGAUUACGAUCAAUUAUUGUUUAAUAACGAUGAAUUAGAACAAAAAGUUUUGGAUUUAGAAGAUAAAUUAUUGGAGGAAAAGAAUCUUUUAACGGAGACGGUUACUGAAAAGAAAUUAAUUGAAGAUAAAUUGAGUAAAGUUAACGAAGAAAAUCUUCGAGUUGAAGAACAAUUAAGGUUAGAUUACGAUCAAUUAUUGUUUAAUAACGAUGAAUUAGAACAAAAAGUUUUGGAUUUAGAAGAUAAAUUAGUGGAGGAAAAGAAUCUUUUAACAGAGACUGUUACUGAAAAGAAAUUAAUUGAAGAUAAAUUAAGUAAAAUUAAUGAAGAAAAUCUUCGAGUUGAUGUAGAAUUAAGGUCGAAUUUUGAUAAAUUGUUAUUUAAAAAUGCUGAAUUAGAACAAAAAGCUUUUGAUUUAGAAGAUAAAUUAUUGGUGGAAAAAAAUCUGUUAGGAGAGGCGGUUAUCCAAAAGAAAUUAAUUGAAGAUAAAUUGCAAAAAGUUAACGAAGAUUAUCUUCAACUCGAAGAGGAAUUAAAAUCGAUUAAAAUUGAGAAUAAAAAUAAUAAUUUUGAAUCAAUAAAAUUAGAACUUGAAAAAUACACAGAAAACUUAUUCCAAAAAAGAAGCAAUUUAGAAAAUAACACUUUAACUCUAACUAAGUAUUUUUCAAUCCCGAAAGAUUUAAUAAGAAAAAUUUUAAAAACCGAAGCUUGUUGUUUAAACGCACCAGAAAGUUUUUUAAAUCUUGAAAAACAAAUUUUAAAUGUAAUCGAACAAAUGGAAAUUUCUUCGAACGUUUUAAACUUUUUGAAUUCGCAAAAAUGUAAGAUUACGUUUAAGAGUGAAUCUUGCCAAACUGAAAUUAAUCUUGAAACAGAAAGCAUAAAAGAACAACUUCAAAUGAAAAAUUUUGUUUUAAAACCCGCUUCUUUUUUACCGAAACUAUUGGAUCAAAAUCUUGAAUUAGCAAGUUCAAACCUUGCGCAAGAAAAUAAGGAUAUCGGAUUACAAAUCGACUCAAAAUGUUUGUGUUUGGAAGAAUCGAGUGUAAUGGAAACUCAUAUAUCACCACGGCCAAGAUCUCGAGUAAUUAGAAUGGUUACGAAUUUUUUGAUUGGUUGGAUGAUCUUUAUGGGUAUUUUUUGCUUAAUUAUCAUAUUUUUGAUAGUCGAUGGCGGUUCUUAUUUAUUACCGUGUGGGUAUAAUUGUAUCGAUAAUCCGUGGAUACCGUUCGUGGAGAAACGGUACAUAAGGCCUCCACCUAUAUAA